AUGCAUAACCCAGUAAAGGCCUACUGCAUGGGAACAUCAUUUAUUGUUGUAUGUUUUCAGAUAAUCAAAACUGGAAAACCUGACACAAGACCUCAAAGAUUAGAUAUCUGCACCAUAAAGUAUGUGGGAAAAUUGGACGACAAAAUUGUUGACGAAGGUGAAGUUGCCAUCAAUAUUGGAGAUGCAGAGGUAAUCCAAGGCCUUGACUUUGUUCUUCCACUCAUGGAUUUGGAAGAGGAGGCAGAAGUAAUUGUAGGGCCUCGGUUUGCCUUUGGCUCCGAGGGUAGGCAGCCAGAUAUUCCACCUGAUGCAACGCUGCGUUAUUCUGUCACUCUUCUUAGCUCUGAGCCCGAACCACCGCUGGAAACUCUGACACUCCAUCAGAGAAAAGAAAUUGGAAAUCGAAAGAAGGAACGUGGAAACUAUUGGUAUUCAAGGAAAAAUCACACACUUGCCAUACAAUGUUACCGGAGAGCUUUGGAGUUCUUGGAUGACCACGGAGUUUUAUCCUCUGAGGAAAAUAAAGACGAAACUGAAGAAGAAAUACAUUCCUUACUAGAAGACAGAAUCAAAGUAUACAAUAACUUGGCAGCAGCACAGAUGAAGAUUAAAGCAUUUGAUCCAGCUCUACAGUCUGUAGACAAUGUUCUCAGAUGUCAACCAAAUAAUGUCAAAGCACUUUUUAGGAAAGGAAAGGUCCUAGCAGAAAAGGGAGAGAAAACUGAUGAAGGAAUUUCACUGUUGAAGAAAACACUGAUUUUAGAUCCGGACAAUGUUCAAGCUAAGAACGAACUAAAUCUGCUGUUGGCCAAACAGAAGAAAGACACGGCACAGCAACGUAAGCUGUACAAGAAGAUGUUGGGAACAAAUAAACCUGCAGAGAAGAGACCAUCGUCUCCAACCAGAGAUGUGAGAAGAUGGGGAAUGGUUGUCGGCUGUGUAGGAGCCAUUUUCAGCAUGAUCGUAGCCUAUAAAUGGUAUAAGCCUGUAUGAGCUGCACUGGUAUUAUAACAAAACUAAUAAUCCACUACUUCCUUGUUGGCAUUUGAAUUUAUUGUUAUAUGCUAGUAUUUUGUUUACCAUUUGAGUUGGAUUAAUGUGAAAAUUAGUCUAUAUUUUUUCUGAUGUACUUCAAAACUUUAAUUAAUUAUAAUGAUUAUUGUUUUCAUAAAUAUUUUUGAUACCA